AUGUAAACGUAGAAAUACAAACUCUAAUAUAUAAAUCCUUAAAUUCAAAAUAUUUAAUGUAAAAUGAUCAUAUGCAAAGCAAAUUCAAUUGUAUUUUAAUAAGGUGAAGUUGGAAAAAAUUUAUAUCAUGUUUUAUGUGGCUAACUGACUUGCCUUUUUAAAGAAGAUGAUUGCACACCAUCAAAAUAAAAAUUAAUGAGAUAACAAUCAAAUGAUAUAUUUAUAUCUUAGGUUCUAUAAUUAGUACCAAAUAUCACUUUAUUGAGUAGAUAAUAUUUUUAAUCAAAUUAAAAUAUUCCUUUUGCAUAAUUAUUUCCUGGAGAUACUUUUGGAGAAGCAAAAGGUAAACGUUCUUAUACUGUAAUUGCAGAGAAGGAUAGUAUUUUAAUAGAGUUGUAAUUUGAUGAAAAAUAUUGGAGAAGUUUUGAAAUUAGACAUUCAUUUCUUGAAAAAUUGAAUGUAGCUAGUGAUUUACAAUUAUUAAGUGUUUGUUUAAAAGAGAAAUAAUUUAAAUAUGGAGAUUAUAUAUUUAAGUAAGAAGAUUAAAGAAAAUGGAUUUAUAUGAUUAUAUCAGGUGAAGUCAAUUUUAUUAAUAAUAAUACAAAUAUAUAUAAUUUAGGAGCAUUAUAAAUAUUUGGAUUUGAAGAAUUUUUAAGAGACUCUUUAAGAAAAUACACAGUCAAAUGUAUAUCAGCUUAAUUUUGUUGUUAUGUAGUUGAUAGUUUAAAUUAUUUUAAUAUAAUGUAAUUAGAGAAACUAGCAAAGGCAAGAAAUUUAAUGAUUUAAUAAAUACUAAGAUAAAAAUAAUAAGUAUAAAUAAUCAAUAGAUCUAUAUAAAUGCCUUAAGUUUCUAAAGUAAAUGGAUUUUAAUAAUAAUAAUAAUAAUAAUAAUAAUAAUAAUAAUAAUAAAUAAAUAAUAAUUCUGAAGAUAAAAAUAGUUUUUAUAAUUUAUAUUGGUCAAAAGAUUUAUCUGAAUUACCUAGAUGGAAUUUAGAAUAAUUAACUAGAGAUGCAGGAGCAUCACCAGGUUAAGGAAUUAUAAAAUCAAAAUAAUAUAAAACACCAAUUCUUGAUUAAUCUUAAGAUGGUAGUUUAUUGUAUUCAAGAAGAAAUUCAAUAAAACCAUGUUCAGUAUUUGAUGUUAAUCCAGUUCAAAAUGGUAAAUUGAUUAGAAGUUAUAUUAAAAGAAUGAGAGCUGAAAAAUAUUCUGAAUAUCAUGCUUGUUUAAAAGGAAAUUGGGAUUUAUUUAAUGUAUCAAAGGUAUCAUAAUAAUAUUCAGCUCCUAAGAAAUAAUAAACAUCUGUUCCUAAUACAUAAAGUUAUUCUAAGAGAUAAUAAGCACUUAAAUCUAAUUUAACUUAAAUGAAUUCAAUAUAAGUAGAAGAUUUCUCCAAUUCUCCUGUCAAAAUAAUUUCAGAUUAAAAUAGAUUUAAAAAUGAAAAAUAAUGUAAAGAAAUGUCAACGAUGACUAUUCAUCCAUUUAAAAUUUGA